AUGAUGAGAAGGAUCCUGCUAACACAAAUUAAAAGAGGCUUCGGUGGAAGACAUCACGACGCCAUCUUGCCAUCUGGCCUGCUUCUCCGAUCAGGUAGAACUGCCAACUCGGGUUUUCUUCAGCGAGGGAGGGAGAUGAGAGAGAUAGCCAUACCCGUCAUCUUCGGGGCCAAGCUCGUUUUGCACUCUCCUGCGCCUCGUACUCAUUCUGUAGGACAGCAAAAAACUAUGAUAAACGCCAAUAACCGCUCGAUAAGAAGCAAUUCGCACACGACAGCUGCGGGGAACACGACAAUACGCGCGAUAUCGAUUCAUCACAUCGACGACAAUGCUGCUCAUUGGGGCGUCUACCCUACGCCGCGCGCCACAGUCCAGUAG